CCAAAAGGUCCUCAAUCAUCUCCUAUUAUAAAUUCCUUACUCCUCGUCUUACUCUUCCCUCGUGUACUCUCUACCAAAGAGAGUGUAAACUUUGCUUAUUCUUUUGGUUGUUAGAUUUGGAAAUGCUGGGCGUUUUUAGCAGCUCGAUUGUGACGCCGCCGGAUGAGCUGGUGGACGCUGGAAGCCGGACUCCGUCGCCUAAGAUAACGGCGGAGGCUCUGGUGAACCGCUUCAUUACAAGCGAUUCUUCGGCGGUGUCCAUUCAGAUCAACGGUCAUGUCCAACUCGCCUACACUCACAUGGAUGAGUCUGCUUCACUGCCAAGAAAUCUUUUGCUUGUUUGAGGGAUCUCUUGACAACUUAGGGAGUUUGAGACAACAAUAUGGCCUUGCCAAGUCGGCAAAUGAGGUGGUAUUGAUGAUUGAAGAAUACAAGGCUCUUCGUGAUCGGGCACCUUACCCUCCGAGUCAUGUCGUUGGUCACCUUCAAGGCAAUUUUGCAUUUAUCGUUUUCGACAAGUCCACUUCUACAUUGUUUGUAGCUAGUGAUCAAUUCGGUAAGGUACCUCUCUAUUGGGGAAUCACUACUGACGGAUAUGUGGCCUUCGCCAAUGAUGCCAAUUUGCUUAAAGGUGCUUGUGGCAAAUCACUUGCGUCGUUCCCUCAAGGGUGUUUCUUCUCUACAGCAGUUGGAGAAUUAAGAAGCUAUGAGAACCCCAAAAACAAGAUCACUGCCGUUCCUGCUACUGAGGAAGAAAUAUGGGGCGCCAAAUUUAUGGUUAGUGAUACGUAUCUGCAGAUUAUUCAUAAUUUUUUAAUUUUUUGAAAUGGUCCGAGAUGCGAUGUUGUUUGGUAGGUCCCUAAUUUGUUCCUCUGUAUUUGUGGAUGAAUAAUUCUAAAUACGAGAAAGAUUUAUCUUCUGGGGCUCUCAAAAACUAGUGUCGCACAUUCCACGUAAUGUGAUCCUGAUUUUUAACAUGAUGAUUAAUUAAUGCACAUUACCAUCAUGCUAGCUCA